AUGUCCACUGAACCCAGCAUACCGGAGGUAUCGCAAACCGAGCGCCAUGGCUACCUCUUCGGCCACCCAAUCGCACACUCGAUGUCGCCUUUAUUACACAAGACUGUAUACGACAACCUAGGGUUAAACUGGGCACAAUAUCCUUUGGAGUCGAGAGACAUGAGCUUGUUCCUACAACUGAUCAGACAUCCUCAUUUCUACGGAGCUUCGGUGACAAUGCCUCACAAAGUCGCGAUACUCAAACACCUUGAUGGUCUUACAGAAGAGGGACAGGAUGUAGGCGCAGUAAAUACCCUCUUCAUCCAAGAAGACGCUUCUGGAAAUCGGUUAUACAUGGGUACCAAUACCGACGUGAUAGGCAUAAGGGAUGCGUUCGCAUACAACGUAGAACCAACCAAGUUUGAGAACAGGCCAGCGUUGGUGAUCGGCGGAGGCGGUGCAGCAAGAAGCGCAGUCUACGCGUUGAGAAAAUGGAUGAAGGCCAGCGCGAUAUAUCUCGUCAACCGGGACCCAUCAGAAGUCGAAGCUGUAAUAAGCGAAUGCACAACCCGCGGCUAUGGCGACUCUCUCGUCCACGUUUCCACCGUCGCACAAGCACAGAGUAUAGAGGGUGUUGGUGCAAUCGUAGCCUGCGUACCAAACUUCACACCCGUCACACCAGCUGAGAUUGAGGCGCGGCAAGUUCUUGAAUGCUUUUUGGCGAAACCACACAAGGGAGCGCUACUAGAGAUGUGUUACCAUCCGACCACUUGGACGGAGAUCGCGGAAGUAGGAAAGCAGAAUGACUGGCAGAUUGUGCUGGGAACGGAGGCAUUAAUAUACCAGGGACUGGAACAAGAUCGCUAUUGGACCGGAAAGGCAGUAGCUGAGUUGCCAGUUGAGAAGGUGCAAGAAGCUAUCGCCAGGAAGCUGAGCGAGGCAAGAUUGUAG